AGAACAGUUCGUGCAACGGUCCCCUCUGCGGGACACGAGGGACCCAACCGUCAUCUGAGACUCACCCAUAUUUGGAAUUUGGAUAAUUUGGUUGUUUUCAUGUCUGGUGCAAAACCAAGUGAAGGCAACUGGUUACUCAAUUUGGCCUCGGUUACCACUUCAACGCGCGGGUGAUCUACAGGGGCGGCUGGAGAGGGUAACCGGAGCAAUGCGGCCGGCUCUGAGGCGGCGACUGUGGGGCGGAUAAGAUGCCUCCGUGGCAGUAUCUGGUGGGGAGCAAUGCCAUGUAUGGCUCAGGAUGGAUGACGCUAGGCCUCUUCCCGCUCUUCCUCAUCGGGCUCACUUUCAUGCGAUACACCUCCGUCGACCCGGAGUCCAGGCCCCAAGAUGUCAAGCAGGUCCUACCGGAGUACGAUUUCAUCGUCAUCGGCGGCGGCUCUGCAGGGGCGGUGGUGGCGAACCGUCUGUCCGAGAACCCGGACUGGAUGGUGCUCCUGAUCGAGGCCGGCGGGGACGAAACGGAGAUCUCGGACGUGCCCUCCCUCGCCGGCUACCUCCAGCAGACCGAGCUCGACUGGCAGUACAAGACGGCACCGCCCCCCGAGGAGACGGCCUACUGCCUAGCCAUGAUCGGCAACCGUUGCAACUGGCCGCGGGGGAAGGUUUUAGGCGGUUCCAGCGUUCUCAAUGCCAUGAUCUACGCCCGCGGCAACGCGAGGGACUACGACCAAUGGGCCGCUUUGGGCAAUGAAGGCUGGGCCUACGCGGAUAUACUCAAGUAUUUCAAGAAGUCCGAGGAUAAUAGGAAUCCGUACCUCGGAGGCACCGAGUACCACGCCACUGGCGGGUAUCUUACUGUGCAGGAGGCGCCUUGGAGGUCUCCUCUGGCGGCGGCGUUCGUGAAGGCGGGCGAGGAGCUGGGCUACAAGAACCGGGACAUCAACGGGGCCCAACAGACCGGGUUCAUGAUCGCCCAAGGGACGAUCCGACGGGGCUCCCGCUGCUCCACCUCCAAGGCCUUCCUCCGGCCGGUCCGCCUCCGCAAGAACCUCCACGUCUCCAUGCACUCGCAGGUCACCCAGAUCUUCUUCGAGCGCAAGAACAUCCUCGUCAACCCGCGCGCCGCCCGCGUCCAGUUCAUCAAGAACAACAUACGCCACUCCGUCCGCGCCCGCAAGGAAAUCGUUCUCUCCGCCGGCGCGAUCGGCUCGCCGCAAAUCCUCAUGGUCUCAGGGAUCGGGCCGAAGGAGCACCUGGAGGAGCUCGGGAUCAAGGUGGUGCGGAACCUGCGGGUGGGCUACAACCUGCAGGACCACGUCGGGCUGGGCGGGCUCACGUUCAUCAUCGACGACCCGAUCACGUUCAAGAAGUCCCGCUUCCAGACGGCGUCGGUCGCCCUCGAGUACAUCCUCAACGAGCGCGGGCCGCUCACCUCCCUCGGCGGCGUCGAGGGCCUCGCCUUCGUCAACUCCAAGUACGCCCACCCUGACGGCCUCUGGCCCGACGUCCAGUUCCACUUCGCCCCCAGCAGCGUCAACUCCGACGGCGGCGAGGUGAUCCGUAAGAUCCUGGGGCUCCGCGACAGCGUCUACAACACCCUGUACAAGCCCCUGAUCAACGCCGAGACCUGGACCAUCUUGCCCCUCCUCCUUCGACCGAGGAGCACCGGGAGGAUUAGUCUGAAAAGCAGGAACCCCUUGGUCUACCCGAUCAUCGAGCCUAACUACUUCACCUACAAAGAAGACGUUCAGGUCUUGAUAGAAGGCAUCCGCAUCGCGUUCAAUAUCUCCGGCUCUAAGACCUUCAAGAAGUUCAACUCCAGGCCGCUUACCACUCCCAUGCCCGGUUGUGCCAGGUACACGCUGUUCUCGGACGAGUACUGGGAGUGCAGCCUACGUCACUUCACGUUCACGAUCUACCACCCGACGUCGACGUGCAAGAUGGGCAUCGACGAGGAGUCCGUGGUGGACCCGCGACUACGAGUCUACGGGGUGGACGGGCUACGAGUCAUCGACGCCUCCAUCAUGCCGAAAAUCGUCAGUGGGAACACGAACGCGCCUACUAUAAUGAUCGGAGAGAAGGGGGCGGAUAUGAUCAAGGAGGACUGGGUUGGCCGCAGCGCCUGGAAUUACAGUCAUGUCGAGCGAUGAGAAUUGGAUCGGCCAAUUGAUAGACUGAUCGAAGAGAUAGGAGCAUGGAAUUAGUCAAAAUCGUUGGUGAAAAUGGACUGCAUUUUGCAAUUUGGAACUGAAGACUUUAAAUCAAUAACGGGCUAGGUGCCAAAAAAAUGAAAAUCGAGUUAGACCUCGAAUAGCGUUCUAUGUACCAAGGACAGCAACCCGUGAAGCGGACUGAGUGCCACGACCAUGAUAGUAGUGUGCAAAGUGCCCCUAUAGUUAGCGAUACGUAGGUAUGUACCAGGCAACCUGUGGGAAAUAAUUGUUGAAUAACUGAAACUUGACUUUUUGGCACUUAGCCCGUUAUUGAUUUAAUGUUUUCAACUAUAAAUUCUGGCUCUUCUGGAAAAAAACACUAUGUGCAUAGGGAAACUAAUAGCACAUACGUUGUUUUUAAACCGGGCUAGAAUUUAUAGUUCCAAAUUGCAAAAUGUAGUCCACAUGAGAACUUGAUAAUCAAAUGCGCACGAAAAAAGUAUGGUAGACUGACACACAUUCAUUGCUGGAUUGAGAUGCCGCCUGAAAAUGAAUCAUUUUUUUCAGGGGGCCGGUGGCGGUCUAAAUUGUUGCUGGUUCACUACCUUUUGCACGUCUUUUUAUAAUAGUUUUUAACGUUUCUACGUGCCAUCUAUUGUCGCGAGUUUCCACCACGAAGAGUUGAGGCUUGAUUUUGUGUUAGGUGUAAGAUACAAAAAGUGGACAGCAGCCCUCUCAGAGGAACAUGAUAACAGAUCGGUGUUUUGAUGGAAUUAACUGAUUGAACUCGCGAGAGAAAUUUGAUUAUUUUAACUACAUAUCUUUUCGAGUUGGCGACAAAAGUUCUUCUAGUUGACCGUCAUUCAUUUUUAUGAUCAAACAAUUCCGUUUCUCGUGAGCGACUGUUGAAGGGAUGAGAAACAUAUUCUCAUUUUAAAAUCGAGGCGUAAUACAAGAAGGUGUGGCAGAUAGUUUGAAAGAAACUCAAACAAUAAUAUGUUUUGAGGGUAGAAAGAAUCACCAAUGAUGAGUUUGACACUUGAGACUAAUUUCCUACAUCCUCCACCAAAUAUGCAUUUUUCCGUUCCAAAACAAGGGGUAAGGAGCUGGUUCUCCUGCAGUUCACAGACUUAGGACUGGUUUUGUUCUCCACUUCGCAGACUUUGGAUGUACAGGAUAUCUUCUGUACUACAAAGUACUACAAAGUAUUGAAACUUCGUUCAAAUUAAUUUUUAAGGGAAUAAUAAUUACAUGGUAUCCGCCAAUCUUUCUUUUUAGAAACGUAAAAAGUUACCUUAACUGUUCGAUAUUUGUGAUCUGAAAUUCACUUACUCAAUUUGUAUAGCACUGAGCAUAGUCACAUGUUAUCAACGCACCAAAAAACACGUGCCAAAACUUUCUCUUUCGUGUCAUAAGGCAAAAAUUGGACGUAAUCUUACCAAUUCAUUUGGAAAUGUUGCUCAGUUGUAUUCAAUGGUAGAAUUUAAAUAUGCACAUGGAUGACAGGACCAUAACGCUGCUCUUUACAUACCUGAAACAAACAUUCAACCAAAGUAUGAAUCAUCAGUCUGCGAUCGAACAUAUUGAAAAGAUACAAAUGAUGGUAUAGAGCAAGGGGUACCAAUAGUUCUAGGCCUUCUAUUUUUUUAAAAAGGGCUUCUGUACAAUUUUCUAGAAGAUGCUAGAUUUUUGCAGACAAGUCAACACUACAAGCUGAUUAAAGUUUAAUAAAAUUUUAUGAGUAUUUCGUUUGCAAGUUUCGUUUAGGUAUCUACACAAAUCAAAAGGUUUGCAGAGUGCAAAAAUCGCGGACCAGUUUUUGAAAAUAGUGUUUGAUAAAUCUUGGUUGAAGACAGUCUAGUGCAUCCAUUUUAUUCUGUUUAAAAUCAAUUUGCCUGAUCAUUUGAGAAAACAUAAAAGUUAACAUGUAUUUCUUCGGACUGAAUUUUUUAAACAUAAAUCAAAUAAUCAAUCACAUAUUGUAAAAAAAAAACCGUUUUUACUAUUUUAGAGUAUGGCUACUAGUAUUCUUCCUUAAUCUUGCAUGAUAACGUGAAAUAAUUUUGUCUCAUCAUUUCAAAAGACUUUAAGACAUGUGCAGUUCAAAAAUAAAUGUACUUAUUUAUUUUUAAUUUAUUUUUGAGAGACUACCUAUUGUAAAUAAAUUAAUGUAAAAAUUGAUACUGUCGUAUAGGUUAAAUAUGUUGUUUACAAUGUAAGCGAUCCUCAUACAUUGGUCAAUUUUUGAAUGAACAAUAAAGUAUUUGUGAUUUUUAGCGAUACCGAA